ACAGCCAUUCCAACUUUUGCAUCCUACAAGGAAGCGUCAUGGCGUACCAAUCUGUCUUAUGCUACCUUUUCGGCUCACUGAUUCGUUUGUGGCUAUUCAGAACGUCUUUACCCAAGUGGUUGUCGUCGCGAAAUGAAGUUGUUACACCUCUUACAUCGUGGGAACGAGUUCAGGAAGGAAUGGCUUUACAAGAAACAUAUAUUUCCCCAUACACAGGAGAUAUUUUUCAUGAGACACCCCUCCUUCUCCGGUUGCUCCAGUAUGUGGCCAAGGUGCCACAGAUGACAGAUAUUCUCUUUGUUUUACUGGAUGUACUCAUCGGUAUGGUUCUCUCCAGAAUUGCCAAAGAAUUUGGACGGUAUAUGCUGGAAAGACAAGCCCAGGGUGUAUCCAGCUAUGCAGCCAAUGUUGAGAAGCUAAUUCUUCGAGGCAGUGAUCUCAGAUGGUUGCAGACAUAUGUUCUGGUGGCGCAUUUCAUGAACCCCUACAGCAUUGCAGUUUGUCUGUCCAAGUCAACAGCAGUGUUCACCAACCUGGCAACUGUACUCACUCUCUUGAAUGCACUGCAAGGCAAUGAGAUCCUGUGUUCCCUGUUCCUAGCAUUGGCAGCCUACCAGUCUCUCUACCCUUUUGUGUACAUUGUGCCCGUUGCACUGAUAUUUUAUAAAAGAGCGUACCCGAAAGCCACAUGUUAUACAUCGGAAGCAGUGGGCAGUUAUCUGUACACUGGUGCCUGCUUCCUCAUUUUCAUCUUGCUACUGAUAGGAAUCUCAUAUGGCCUGGAAAAUUCCUGGAACUUCCUGUACUCAACAUAUGGAUUCAUCCUGACUGUCCCUGAUCUCAGCCCCAACAUUGGAGUGUUCUGGUAUUUCUUCACUGAGAUGUUUGAACAUUUCCGGAUCUUCUUCAUUUGUGUUUUCCAAAUCAAUGCUGUUGUAUAUACUGUGCCUCUUGCAGUCAAACUCAGGGACAGUCCAGUGUUCCAGCUGUACAUGUUGAUAUUCCUGACCAGCAUCUUCAAAUCCUACCCGAGUUACGCUGAUGCAGCACUCUUCUUGUCUCUGCUGCCACUGUGGCAACACUGCUUCUCAUAUAUGAGGAACAAGUUUGUUGUGGGAUGCAUGUUCCUGUCUUGCUCUGUGGUGGCGCCAAUAUUGUGGCAUCUCUGGAUUUAUGCUGGUAGUGCCAAUGCCAACUUCUACUUUGCUAUUACUCUCACAUUCUCCACAGCUGAGAUAUUUUUGGUGACCGAUUUGUUGUUUGCCUUCUUGCGACGUCAGUAUGAUCUGACACAUGGGAUGGAUCGGAAGCUUGACGAUGGGAAGCCAGCACAGAUAGUUCUGGACUGACUGCUCACACAGCAGUACUGGCCGUAUCAUAUGCAGUCAUCUUUCAAGUUACAUUCACAGUGUUUUGUGUGGUUGUAGAAUUAGGUCCUGUGAUCAUACAUAUAUGUGAGGAUUGCAAGUAUGUAAAUACAGUCAAAUCCCGAUGAGUCGAAUCUCUGGGGACCAAGUAAUAAAUUCGACUUAUCGAUGUAUUCGAGACAUAGGUAUGUCUAUAAGGGUA